AUGCUUUUCUAUUCCCUCCUGCCUUAUCUCAACACCUCAAGACAUCUCUUUCAAAAUCAUUUGUCAUUUGAGCUCUGCUGUGUGACAGAUGCAGGGGCUUUAAUCCAGGAUGAACGAAUGCUACUAUGAUAAGCGCAUGGACUUUUUCUAUAACAAGACAAACACUGACACAGUAGAUGAGUGGACAGGGCCAAAGCUUAUUGUUGUUCUGUGUUUUGGGACAUUUUUCUGCCUCUUCAUUUUCAUUUCAAAUUCGUUGGUCAUAGCAGCUGUGGUCAAAAACAAGAGGUUUCAUUUUCCCUUUUACUAUCUCCUGGCCAACUUAGCUGCUGCAGACUUUUUUGCUGGAAUUGCCUAUGUCUUCUUGAUGUUCAACACUGGCCCAGUGUCUAAGACAUUAACUGUUAACCGCUGGUUUUUGCGUCAGGGUCUUCUGGACACCAGCCUGACAGCUUCCCUGGUGAAUCUCCUCGUCAUAGCUGUUGAGCGGCACAUGUCUAUAAUGCGGAUGAAGAUCCACAGUAAUCUCACGAAGAAGAGAGUCACCUUUUUAAUUAUAUCAAUUUGGGCCAUUGCUAUUUUUAUGGGUGCUGUUCCUACCUUGGGUUGGAACUGCCUCUGUGACAUUACCGCCUGCUCAUCCCUGGCGCCUAUCUACAGCAGAAGUUACCUGGUGUUCUGGAGUGUCUUAAACCUAGUCGUCUUCUUCAUUAUGGUGGUGGUUUACAUAAGAAUCUACAUGUACGUCCAGAGGAAAACUAAUGUCUUGUCGUCGCACACUAGUGGAUCCAUUAGCCGUAGGAGAACCCCUGUGAAGCUUAUGAAGACUGUCAUGACUCUCUUAGGUGCUUUUGUUGUCUGCUGGACUCCUGGCCUGGUCGUUUUACUGCUCGAUGGUCUGAACUGCACCUACUGUGGGAUUCAGAACGUUAAAAGGUGGUUUCUUCUCCUAGCCCUGUUGAACUCUGUCAUGAAUCCAAUAAUUUAUUCAUACAAAGAUGAUGAGAUGUGGGGUACCAUGAAAAGGAUGAUUUGCUGCUCCUCUGAGGAUAAGAGUCAGGACAGACGCUCGUCGCGGAUCCCCUCGACAGUUCUCUGCAGGAGCACGGAUACCUCGGGGCACUACAUUGAAGAUGGCAUUAUUCAAGGGACAAUUUGUGGAAAAGGAGAUCUUGGUGACAAAGGAAACUCCUGA